AUCAGUGUGCCCUGAUGAUCAGUGUAGCCCCAGCAGUGCCACCUGUCAGUGUCCAUCAGUGCCUUGUGUCAGCGUCCAUCAGUGCCUCGUACCAGUGCCCAUCAGUGCCACAUCAAUGCCACAUAUCAGUGCCUACCAGUGCACAUCACUGCCUUUCAGUGUCACCCAUCAGUGCCAGUCAGUGCCACCUAUCAAUGCCAAUCAGUGCCACCUAUCAGUGCUGCCAGUCAGUGCCACCUAUCAGUGCCAGUCAGUGCCGCCUAUCAAUGUGCAUCAGUGCCACCUAUCAGUGCCUGUCAGUGAUGCCAAUCAUUGCCAGUCAGUGCCGCCUAACAGUACCAGUCAGUGCUGCCUAACAG